AUGGUGACGGGGUGUCGGAUGUUGAUUUACGAUAGACAGUAUCUAAUAUCCGGUGUCCCGUUGUGCCAGAUGGGAUGCGCUCGACGAUGUGAAGAAAGCGAGAAACGGCUUGUUCGCCGCGUUUGCCGCCUUGGCGAGCUUGCCGAGGCGAACGUAGCCGUCGACCACGUGGUGAUCGUCUUGCCUCCGCCCUUGCGUGGAAAGUAG